UAUAUUUGAGGGAAGAAGAACAAGUAAAAUUUCACUGAUAAUGUCUGAUGGUGUACGAGAUCGCACAAAAUGCGAUGCGAUUGAUCAUCAAAAAUUAAAAUAUGUUAAAGAAUAUCCUAUUCUUGGCCCUAUAAGAAUUCCUUUCUGGAAUUAA